UGUUAUUGUGCGAACGACCCGAAGGUGAAAAUGGAGACUCUGCGGCUGAACUCGGCUUCCCUGUGUCCGAGCAGCAUCAUGAGUCAUGUGUUCAACAACGUGGGGCCGGGUCUGAACGUGGUGGUGGUGGACGGCGAAAGUGGAGUUGUGGACAAAAUUGGCAUUCUUGAUAUGAGAGGCGGAAAGCCGGGAGAAAUCUUGAGGUUUCUGAGGAAGAUUAAACCUGGAAGGAUUGUUUUGGUGGCCUCGUUUAUUGAUGCAACAACAAAGAUGACGACUGAAAUAAGGGAGAUGUUUAUUGGAAUGGGAAGCACUUUGAUCAACUCCGUAAAGCAGAGAGACAGCUGGGUGUUUGUAGGGAGAGCAGGGGCGUCCAACAGCAGCCUCUUUGAAAAGCGAGCCGCUAGCGAUGAGAAAAACAACAUUUAUGAGGGAUGGCCGGGGAUGGUGGAGCUCGCCGGCUGCUUCCCGGGGAACCGGCGCUGACGGAGAGGGGCCUCGAGCGGCGGCUGACGAGGAAGCGAG